UUUUUGAAACUUAUUGCAUUUGGAAACAGUUGAUAAUGUAAUGAAUGAGUUCUGUUUGUUUAAAUAAUGGGGGAUUCGUCGAAUAAAUUACUUCAGGCGCUCGUAUAAAUGCAAAUACAAAUCAGUGAAGGCCAAACAACCAAAAAUAAGUUGAACAUUAGCUCAAAGUGUUAGCACAUUCCUUCAAAAUGUCACAAAUACAUUUGUACCCGUCUCUGAAUUACAACAGCUCAACAAUGAAAAUUGGAUAUAGAGUUCCCUACCACAGUUAUUCAUCAGUAGAGACAACAAUCCUGACGGUCAUGCUCUCCUCCCUGUCCAUCAUUGGAUCGAUCGGCAACACCUUGGUCAUCAUCGUGUUCUGGUCAAAACAUGAAUCUCUCGUCUCCACGUUCUACAUUCUGGUCCUCUCUGUGGUCGACCUCGUCACGUGUCUCUUCAUCAUCCCACUGACCAUCAUGAUGGAGUUGUGGAGCUUCGAAGCCUGCGACCUCCUCUGCAAGACCUACCAGUUCCUUAUCACAUCCAGCAUCCCAUUCUCGGCCAUGAUCAUGGUAGCAAUCGCAUUCGACAGGUACUUCGCCAUCUGCCACCCACUUUCCAGGAUGGGGAAGAAUGCAGGCGCCGUCAGCAGGGUUAGUCUGCCUUUCAUAAUUUUCAUCUCAUUCAAAAAUGUCUUACUUCGUUUUGUGUGAUUUUUUAUUAUUCAUCCAUCACGUAUCUUCAUUGUUUAAUGUAAAUUUUGAAAAAUGUUUAAGUCACAUAAAAUUUAUAAUUGAUCUAAAUGUAAUUAUGUUCACAGAGAACAUAAUGUUGAAUACUUUGAAAACAGAUUAUAUGUUUAAAAAAUAUUCUUUUUAUUAAAAAUAUUU